AUGAUUAAACCAAACAAGACUCUGACCUAUAGUAUUUUAUUAUCAUCGAUGUGGUAUACUGAUGAAGAUGAGACUGUCUCUGAAUUGUUAGAUAAUAUCGAGAAAGAAGAAACAACAUUAAUCAAAAAGAAAGCAUUUUACAACUCACAUCAACAACAAUUGAUGCAGUUUUCACGUGGAACAAAGACACCAUCACCUCCUUUAAUAAUAGCAAACAAUAAACAACAACAACAACAAGAAGAACAACAAUUAGAUAAUCAUUUUAAUAAUAAUAAUAAUAGAAAAAUGAAUAAUAAUGAUGAAGAUGAGAUGAGAGUAUCGGUAGAACGUAUUGGUAGUGGUCCAAUAGCUUUGAAUUCCGAUUCACAUUCUCGAUCACCAAGUCAGUCACCUUCGAAUCAUAUGACUGCAUCGAGCGAUGCCAUGUUUGUCAUUGAGGACGACUCUACACCUUCGAUGUCUACCAGCAUCAAUCUAAAGCUACCAAACUUUAUAUCAUCAACUUCAUCCAAUGAUAAUCUACAGAAACCAACUGCUAUCACACCUUCAUCAUCCAACAACAACAACAACAACAGCAACAACAACAACAACAACAGCAACAACAGCAACAACAACAGCAACAACAAUAAUAAUAACAAUACAGAUGAUACAGAUGACAAUCCACUAAAGAAAGCAUCAACAAUAGUAACUCCAUUAAAGUUAUCAAGUGAUGAUUUACUUUUAAAUAAUAAUAAUACCAAUAGUAGUAGUAGUGGUGAUAAUAAUAAUAAUAAUAAUAAUAAUAGAGAUGACAUAUCAACUAGUACAACUACAACAUCUACAACAGUAACAACAGCUACUCAAUUAACAUCAUCGUCGUCAUCAUCAACUGAUAUCAAUACUACUGACAUGGGUAUUCAUCGUAUCGAAACAUUCUGGCGUGAGAUCAACGUAGAACGUCCAAAGACACUGAUCUACACAGAACCAGAGACUAACCUGUACGAUGCAGCAACACUACUCCUACAAUAUCGAAUUCACAGACUACCGGUUGUCGACAAGAAAGAAACCAAUUCCAUAUUACAUAUUUUAACACACUCAAGAAUUUUAGCAUUUAUGAUGAAGAGUUUACCAGAUUUACCUACACCAUUAUUAUCAUGUACACUUGGAUCACUUGGUAUUGGUACUUUUGAAAAAGUUUGUACAGUACAUACACAUACUCCAUUAAUUAAGGUUUUAGAAUUGUUGGCUGAAAAGAAGAUCUCUGCUGUUCCAAUCAUUGAUGAGAAUGGAAAAGUAAUUGAUGUUUAUUCAAAGAGUGAUGUUACUUUGAUGGCAAAACAAGGUAAUUUAUCACCAUCAGAUUUAGAUAAACCGGUUCAUCAAGUUUUAACAACUUUUACAAAACUAUGGCAAAGAGCAGAGCAAACAUAUACUUGUACCAAGAAUGAUAAACUCGGUGAUGUAAUUGAAAAGUGUAUUAAAAAGAGAGUUCACAGAUUGGUUUGUGUUGAUUCCGCUAAGAAAGUAGAGGGUAUACUGUCUCUAAGUGAUAUAUUAAGUUUUUUAUUAAAUAAAAAAUGA